AUGGGUUCAGAUGACAAAAAGCGCAAGAGAAGCGGCGACGCUACCUCAAAACCGAAGAAGAAGGUUGUCAUAGAUGCGGCUCCCCCAACAGCGACUGUCUCCUCGGUUCUCAGGCCCAAGUUCUGUCCUCCAGUGAUAGCGACGGCUGUUGGUUUUGAAGUACCAAAGAAUAUUCCAUUCCACGCAUAUGCGCCCAACAAUGCCGCCAAAUCAAAAUCCAAGCAGCCCCAGUCGGCAGGAGAGAAAGACUUCCUCCUACACUCGAACGCACACCGGACUAUGGACUAUACAGUCAAGGCAGAGGGACCUAGAGGAGAGAAGCCUGCCAUGAAUCACUUUCUUGGAAUCUACGACCCCAAGACCGGCAAACUCGAGGUGGUUGAGGCAAAGAAGAUGACCAUGAGGGCAUCAGUACGGGCAAGACAGGGCGCUGCUGCUUCAAACGAGCGCAACAUGAAACAGACCAUGUCGGAACUCAAGACCGACCUCGGCCAGACGUUUGGUACCAAGAAGGCGAAGAAGGCUAUUCAGGAGAACGUCUUGAACGCGAUUGCACCUCAGAAGAAGGCCGGGGACUCUCCCACCAAGAUUGACGCUGCGGGUCGUGCCAUACUCAGCUCCGUUGGAGAAAUCACAUCAACCAUGGCCUCGAGAGAAGAAUUACAAGCGGUCGUGGACGAGGCCAAGCCUGUGCCCUUAGCCAAUCUGGAAGCGACCGAGAUCCAAGACGUCUACGACCCCAAGAAGAUCAUUGGAGCCGAUAUCCUCAAACUGGUGCCAGUUCGAGAAUGGCAGGAGAAGGUGCAGCAUAAAGAGAGCAUCCAAGUACCUUCGCGUUUUGUUGCUGCGCGCGUGAACCGGGUGGCAGGUAACGAGGAUGCUGUUGACCGACUACGUGUGCUACGCUAUUUCUUCUUUGUAUUGCUCUUCUAUCUCCACACCAAGCCUGGAAAGGCCCGUGGCACUCGAGCUAUUCCACCGCGAGAGAAGCUUAGGGAGCUCUUGGCUCCUGCCCCUGAGGCAGUCAUUGAGAGCAUUCGUCGCAAGUUUUCCGACCGAGGCGAAAUGCGAAAGUUCCACAUGGAUCUGUUGAUGACACACUGCUGUGUAUUCGCAAGCAUCAUCGACAACUUCGAAGUUGACACACAGAACCUGCGCGAUGACCUGAAGAUCGAUCAGAAGACCAUGAACUCCUACUUCCACGAGAUCGGCGGUCGUGUCAAGCCUGUGACGAACAAGGAUGCCAAGACCACGGUUCACCUGGCACGUUUGACGUUGCCUUUGAACUUCCCUAAGCAGAGGCACGUUGUUCCCAAGCGCCGAUAA